CGUGAGGCACAAUGAAACUUAAGCUUGGAAUUAGAUCAAUAGGUGAAGGAGGAAAACAUGUCUUCAACCAAAAUUUGCAGAUUAUUAAUCUUGGGAAAAUGGGGAAAGUUGAAGAGGCCAUCAGAGUCUUCGCUGACAUGACCCACAAAAACCUUGUAACAUACAACUCCAUGAUAUCUGUGUUGUCUAAAAAUUCUAGAAUUAUUGAUGCUCGACAACUGUUUGAUAAAAUGUCCCUAAGAAACCUUGUUUCUUGGAACACCAUGAUUGCUGGAUAUAUUCACAACAACAUGGUUAAAGAAGCCAGUGAGUUGUUUGACAUAAUGCCUGAAAGAGACAAUUUUUCAUGGGCUUUGAUGAUAACUUGUUAUACGCGUAAAGGGAAGCUUGAAAAGGCUAGAGAACUGCUUGAGCUGGUUCCUGAUAAGUUGGACACUGCAUGUUGGAAUGCGAUGAUAGCUGGUUAUGCAAAGAUGGGUCAGUUCAAUGAUGCUAAGAAAGUGUUUGAGCAGAUGCCAGUAAAGGAUUUGGUUUCUUACAACUCAAUGCUAGCUGGCUAUACACAAAAUGGGAAAAUGGAUUUAGCAUUGAAAUUUUUUGAGAGGAUGGCCAAGAGGAAUGCAGUAUCGUGGAAUUUGAUGGUGGCUGGGUAUGUUAACAGUGGUGAACUGAGUUCUGCUUGGCGAUUGUUUGAAAAGAUUCCAAAUCCUAAUUCUGUUUCUUGGGUUACGAUGUUGUGUGGGUUGGCAAGACAUGGAAAGAUUACAGAAUCUAGAAGUCUUUUUGACAGGAUGCCUAGUAAGAAUGUGGUGUCUUGGAAUGCAAUGAUUGCUGCCUAUGUUCAAGACUUACAGAUUGAUAAAGCUGUUGAUCUGUUCAUGAAAAUGCCAUAUAAAGAUAGUGUAUCAUGGACUACAAUAAUUAAUGGGUACGUUCGAGUUGGUAAGCUUGACGAAGCAAGGGAAGUUUACAAUCAGAUGCCUUGCAAAGACAUUGCGGCGGAAACAGCAUUGAUGUCAGGGUUAGCACAGAAUGGAAGGAUAGAUGAGGCUAGUCAAAUGUUCAGUCGAAUUAGUUCACGUGAUGCCAUUUGUUGGAACAGCAUGAUUGCAGGCUAUUCCCAGAGUGGAAGAAUGGAUGAAGCUCUCAAUCUAUUUAGACAAAUGCCCAUUAAGAAUGCUGUUUCAUGGAAUACUAUGAUUUCCGGAUAUGCUCAGGCAGGACAAAUGGAUAGAGCAACAAAGAUCUUCGAGGCCAUGAGGGAGCGGAAUAUAGUUUCCUGGAAUUCUCUGAUUGCAGGUUUUCUACAAAAUAAUUUAUAUUUGGAUGCUCUUAGGAGUUUGGUUAUGAUGGGGCAGGAAGGAAAGAGACCAGAUCAAUCAACUUUUGCAUGCGCCUUAAGUGCCUGUGCUAAUCUUUCUGCUCUGCAAGUAGGCAAGCAACUCCAUGAAUUCAUUCUAAAGAGUGGUUAUAUAAGUGAUUUAUUUGUUAGCAAUGCCUUGAUUGCCAUGUACGCAAAAUGUGGAAGGGUACAAAGUGCUGAACAUGUGUUCAGAGAUAUUGAAUGCGUUGAUCUUAUUUCUUGGAAUUCCUUGAUUUCGGGUUAUGCUUUGAAUGGAUAUGCAAAUAAGGCAUUUAGGGCCUUUGAACAGUUGAUAUCAGAGAGUCUGGUUCCUGAUGCGGUUACCUUCAUUGGGAUGUUGUCCGCGUGCAGUCAUGCCGGUUUAGCCAAUCAAGGUUUGGAUUUUUUUAAAUGCAUGAUUGAAGAUUUUGCUAUUGAACCCUUGGGUGAACACUACAGCUGCCUGGUUGACUUGCUUGGCCGCGUGGGUAGGCUAGAGGAAGCCUUUGAUUUAGUGAAGGGAAUGAAUGUUAAAGCAAAUGCUGGAUUAUGGGGUUCACUGCUUGGGGCUUGUCGUAUACGCAAAAACCUGGAACUUGGUAGAAUUGCUGCAGAGAGGCUUUUAGAACUCGAGCCACAUAAUGCCUCCAAUUAUAUUACCUUGUCAAACAUGCAUGCUGAGGCUGGCAAGUGGGAAGAGGUUGAAAGACUAAGGGUGCUAAUGAGAGAGAAAAGAGCUGGAAAGCUACCUGGUUGCAGCUGGAUUGAAGUUCAAAACCAGAUUCAAAGUUUUCUCUCGGAUGAUGCAGCAAAGCUGAGAUCUGAAAAUGUUCAGAUUGUUACAAAUACUUUAGCUGCACACAUGAGAGAUAAAUGUAACAUAUCUGACAUGAAAUCAGUUUUGGAUAUUUUAUGAUUGGAGGAGGUACCCCAACCUGGUCACACAAUCUUAACUUCUGAAUUGCAUUGAACGGAUUGCAGAUCUUCCGCAGGGCCUUGCAUUCCAUCUGUGCAAGAGAAUAAUGCGCUCGGCCAAGGUGAAUAGGGGACAUUACUUUUGAAGUCCUUCUCGGAUUCUGUUUACUGCAAAGAUUCUGUUUACUGCAAUGUCCUUGUUAGGUGGAUUUUAUGUUGCUCAAACAUCUCUGUCCUUUGGAAGCCUCCGAAUGCACCAAGUGAUUGCUACAGCACUGUAUGUUUUUGCA